AGUAGCAAACUUUUAUAUUAUAAACACCAGUUGUGUUGUUAACUUCUUUCCAUCUCCAAGACUUCUAGUGUUUGUUAGUUGGAGGAUAGUACCAGAUUUUUUCUCCAAGAGACUCUUCAGCAAAUUAAUUUAUGCCUAAGAAGCCCCUACGAAAGUUGACCUUUGAAUUGAAUAAAUUAAUUGAACCUGGAUAACACCCUUUAAAUCCUACUUCGAACGAAUCGUUAAGUAACUCACUUGAAAAAGUUCAGUCUAUCUCCACAUUUAUCAAAUAUCCCCCGAUUUUGACGUUUUUAUAUUCUUCACUAGGUUGUUGAUCCUCCCCAUCCACUAGUGAAUUAUAAUUUUUGGUUAAAAAAAACUAACAUUUAACUUGUUGAAACGUUUCUUGCUACUUCUCUCUUCGUUUCAACUGUCAUUUGUUAUACCUCUUCCAGUUUUUACUGAUUUAAUAAGAGCAAGUUCCAAUCCACCUUAAAGAACUGAAAAAGAAGAAAAAUUAUUAUUAUUAUGGUUGCACCUGCUUACACCGAUGACUCCUAUGUCGACCAUGAACUUAGUGCCAACUUGGAUUCUACUUCCGCCUUCGAGGGCCCAGAAAAGCUUUUAGAAGUUUGGGUAUGGCCCAAUGAAGCUGAAGUCAAAUCUCACAGCAAUUGUGAAGAUGGCUUGAGAAGCAUCCCUUUGAAGAACUGGGUUGAUAUCUUAGACUUGGUUAACUGUAAAAUCUUGUCUAUGAAAUCUUCCAAGUACAUGGAUGCUUACUUGUUGUCUGAGUCUUCGUUGUUUGUGUUCAGUCAUAAAAUUAUUUUGAAGACUUGUGGUACUACCACCACUUUGUUUUGUAUCGAAAAGUUAUUUGAAGAUAUCCGUCACUACGUCGCCAAGAAAGUUAACACUAAGGAAAUCUUCAAGGUGUUUUAUUCCAGAAGAUCCUUUAUGUUUCCAGAAAGACAACAAAGUGUGCAUAAGGAUUGGAAAAAGGAAGUCAAAUUAUUGAACGAGUACUUCAUCAAUGGCAAAUCGUACGUGGUUGGUGACUUUGCCAGUGAUGAUCACUGGUAUCUAUAUACUGGUGGUCAAAAAGAUGAUGAAUGUAAAGCUCCAGGCUCCAUCAGAGACCAAACCUUUGAAGUUUUGAUGACGGAUUUGGACCCGGGUAAAGCAGAGCAGUUUGUCACAUCCAGAAAGCCCGGUUUUGAAUCCUUCGUCAAGAACGGAUUUGAAGAAGAUGACUUGGGUCAUGAAUUUGGUUUCAAAACAAUCAAGUCAACCAAAUUAAACUCAAUUUUUAAUGACUAUGAUCAAUUGAAUAAACAGGUUGGUGGUGGGUCAGCUCAACAUUUACCUUCUCCAAAAGAAGAUGGUGGAUUUGAAUCUGCCGGUCAAUUCUUACCUUUCAACUUUGUUCAUGAUGCGUUUUCAUUCACUCCAUGUGGAUUCUCAUCCAAUUCCAUAAGCAGCAAUAAUGGAAGCUACUAUUAUACUUUACAUAUCACACCUGAAUCAGGUUGGUCAUAUGCAUCAUUCGAAACCAAUUUCCCAUUUAGUUCCAUUUCAAAUUCUUCAAUCAACAUCGUUGAUGUUCUCAUCAAGAUUUUGAAGGUCUUUAGACCUGGUAGAUUCUCAGUUACUUUGAUCAAUGAAAUUGACACCAAAGGGGACGAAACUGAACUUAGUGAAUUAUUCAAUUGUGAUAGGAGAUUAUGUGAUCUCAAUUACAAGAAGAAUGAAAGAGUAUUGUACGAUUUAGAAUCCAAUUAUAAAUUGUUGUACUUGAACUUUGAAAAGUUCUAAAAUUUAGUUUGUUGUUUGAUUUUGCUAUUUUGUUAAUUUUUGGAUAAUUGGGGGAUGUUAGUAACUCAUGCUCAUAAUAUUAUGCUAGAGGUGGUCUUAAUAUUCUAUGGCUUGCUAAUACAAUUAUUCAGAGUAAAUAUAUGUUUUCUUGACUAGUUCAUUCUAGGUAGGCUUUUUAUGCGAGCAUUUUUGCAGCAAUUGCUUGACUCUAGCCACAAAGUUGAGGCUAGUUUCAGUAAUGAAAGUUUCUGUGGUGCGCGAUGUGAGACUCGUAUGCGAGUUUAAGGAAUGAAGUUUUGAGCGCACAGAAUGUUGCAAUUGGUCAAAGACAACGAACAAGCCAAAAUUUCGUGCUUUUGGAGGAGAAACUCUUGUACUCAUAAAAGGUAUUGAAUUAGGUUAAGAUAGAUCUAGGGCUUGCGUAAAGUAAGCAUUAAUAAGCAUUAAAUGGAGGU